AUGGAUACUAAAUACUACGAUCUUGAUGUACCUCGCUCCUCUGUUACCCCUCAGUUAAUCGCUCGCCUCUUAGACUGUGAAUAUCUCUAUAUUGCCAUCACCACAACCGUCAGUAUUGAUGAGUUCAAUUUCAAAGACAAGAAAAAAUCCGCUAAGGAAGAGAGACAACGCAUGCGUGAAUCGCUCAUUUCUCAAUUAACUCCUUUAACCGGACCUGAACUCUCCGAUUUCCUCGAAAAAAGUGAAGACUUUCGCUCAUCAUCCGCCUCUCGUCUGCCCUCUCUUUCUCCACCUCGACUUUUUAAUCGUCUUACUCUCACCUGUUCAGAUACUGAUCUUGCCGGUCUAUUCUUUAAGGAAUUCGCCAAUAACAUUCGAAAAUUUGACGUGAUUGCUUUUGAACCGCUCUCUUCAGCUGCUUUUACAUAUGCGAUUGAAAGUCCGGCCACUAUCCCCAUUGACUUAAUCAGUAUUAAACCUCAGUCUUCCUCUAUUAAUGACUUUCGACCAGCUCCAAAACAAUGUACUCAACUUCUCAGGCGCGGUGUCUACUUUGAUAUUCGUCUAUCCCCAUUACUCUUUCGCUCGGGAACGCCGGCCUCAUCUAGAACAUCUCUAGCUACCCUCUUGACACACCUAGACUCGGUAUGUCGGUUUCAGUUUUCCAGACUACUUGUUCUUACCAGUGGUGCACAAUCAGGCUGGGAAGUACGACGUCCACAGGCUGUUGCCUCCGUCAUAUGUGCUAUCUGUCCAUCACUUGCCAGUGGAAAUGCCCCACUCGCCAUGCAGCAAACUAAUCCCUGGCAAGCGAUCUCUCGAGGUUUGUCUCGACGGGACUCAAAGGUGGCUCAUGGAGCGGCUACUCUCUUGCGACUUCUUGCUGAUCACUCUGUUGUCGAGGUGGUUAAAGUGGAGCCAGAGUCGGUUGAAAAGAAGGCUGGCAAUGAGAAAACUCUCCCAGAACAUAUUGGUUUAUCUGGCGAAGAUGAGAUCACUUCUCCAGAAAGUAAAAAGAGAAAGCUUGAGGCAGCAUGA